AUUACGAAACUUAGUUCGGCGGCUCGAAAAGGAGGAACUAAAUAAAGAUGACGUCAAGAGAAACUUGGAGUAUGCUGCCAAUGUUCUGGAGACUGUGUAUAUUGAUGAGACCAGACGGUUGUGCGAAGAAGACGAUGAACUCAGCGAAGUGGAACCUGAUGCUGUCCCCAGCGAAGUUCGAGAUUGGUUGGCCUUGACCUUCACGCGUUCCAUGUCCAACAUGAAACGGAAAGGAGAAGACAAGCCACGAUUCAGAAGUGUUGCACACGCUAUAAGGGCUGGAAUCAUGGUGGACAGGAUAUACCGUCGAAUGUCCAGCUCUGUCGGUCUGCACGUCCCGCCUCACGUGUUAAUAUUAUUAAAGAACCUUGACGACUGGUCUUUCAAUGUGUUUGCUGUGAACGAGGCAGCUGACGGCCAUUCUCUCAAAUUUGUCGGUUACGAGCUUCUUCAGAAGUACGACCUCAUAACAAAGUUCAAGAUCAACACACAGAUGUUAGAAAGUUUCCUGUUCGCCUUGGAGACUGGCUACAGCAAGUAUAAAAACCCCUACCACAAUCUGAUGCAUGGGGCUGACAUAGCUCAGACAGUUCACUAUGUGUUAUCUCAGAGUCGGCUAGCGCAAUGGUUGACAGAUCUGGAAGUGUUUGCUACAAUUAUUGCCGCCCUCAUUCACGAUUACGAGCAUACUGGUACCACCAACAACUUUCACAUCAACACAUCUUCUGAUGUAGCGUUAUUAUAUAACGACCGUGCAGUGCUGGAAAACCACCACAUCAGUGCAGCAUUUCGAUUGGUUAGAGAGGAGGAGCACAACAUAUUAUGCAAUCUUAGCAAGGAAGAAUACAGAGAAUUUCGUGCUCUGGUUAUUGAUAUGGUACUGGCUACUGAUAUGUCUUUCCAUUUCCAACAAAUCAAGAAUAUGAAAACUCUGCUUGGUGUCCCUGAGAACAUAGAAAAAUCCAAAGUUUUGUCCCUGGUGUUGCACUGUGCUGAUAUUAGCCAUCCAGCCAAAGACUGGGAACUUCAUGAAAGGUGGACUGGCCUAUUGUUGGAAGAAUUUUUUCGCCAGGGAGACAGAGAACAAGAGCUUGGGCUUCCAUUCUCCCCCCUUUGUGAUAGAAAAAACACACUGGUUGCUGAAUCCCAAAUAGGUUUCAUUGACUUCAUUGUCGACCCCAGCUUCCAGGUUAUGGGUGACAUGUUAGAAAAAGUUAUGUUGCCCUUGCACCAGCAAGCUCCUUCAUCUGCCAACAGAAAUAUUGACGAGGCUAUUUCUGAAGAGGUGUUUGAAAACAAGGAUCGCAGGGAUAAGUCAACAAGCACCACUAGUUUGUGUAGUAGGCCAACAACUCCCAAAACUCCUAGCUCACCAUAUGGACGCUAUGAAUUAAAGCGACCCUGGAUGGACUGCCUUGUACAAAACAAAAGCAACUGGAAAAUCAGAGCUAUGAACGAUGCAGAAGAGAGAGAAAAAGCAAAGCAAUGUGCCUCAGAAGUAGAUACACAAAGUAAGGAAGAAACAUCUAGCAACUCAGUCGAGUCAGCAAAUCCUACAGCAACAGAAUCGUCAACAAUUUCAACAACAGUACCUACAUCAACAUCAGCAUCAUCAUCAUCAUCAACAACAGUAUCAUCGCCUUCAUUGUUGUCUAAGCUACAGAAACCUAGACUUUCUCCCAAGCCAUUUUUAUCUUCCUUCAAGUCGUCCUCCAGCACUCACAUUCAGGUCACCACUCAUGGCAAAAUCAGUUCAAACGAUGCAACAUCCAGAACAUCCACCACAGAGGUCAAAGGUAAGGAGUAG